GGACCCCGGUGCCCGGAAGCGGCGGCAGUUCUGUCAGCCUGCAGCCGCGGCGGCUUCACCUGCCCUUGCCCGCGGCAGCCCGGGGCCUCAGGCGCGGCGGCUGAGUCCCGGUAGGCGGCCGGGGGGCGGUCGGCUCCUCCUGGCCCCUCCGGCCGUUAGAAUGUGGCGGACGCGGGCGGCAGCGGCUUGUGUCAUCUGCCGGAGUCUUGCAAAUAGCAGCUAUGGAAUAAAAAGAAAAUCAGCACUUCAAAACUUGCAUCUUGUUUCCCGAAGUAUACACCAUCCCUACUAUCCAAGUUCAAAAUUUCAAAGACCUCCAUUAAGGAUAUCCAUUAAGCUGUUCUCUUCUCUUAAUUGUCUUCCCCUACGCAAAACAAAACUUUUAAAUGUAAAACAUGGCUACCAGUUCCACAGGAACUUUUGGCUAGCUAGACUAGCGUCAAGGCUUCUCAAAGUUCGCUAUCUUAUAUUAGGAUCUGCUGUAGGUGGUGGUUAUACAGCUAAGAAGACAUAUGAUCAGUGGAAGGACAUGAUGCCAGAUCUCAAUGAAUAUAAGUGGAUUGUUCCUGACUUCGUUUGGGAGCUUGAUGAACAUAUUGACUUUGAAAAACUUAUCAAAGCCCUUCCUGAUGCAGAUGACCUUGCCAAACUUCUGCCUGACUUUGACAAGAUUGGAGAGACCUUCACUUCACUGAAAGGAUUUUUUUCUCCUGGUUACAAUUUGGUUAGUGAAGUCAUAGGAGCUUCUGAUCUACUUCUGUUGUUAGGUUCUCCAGGGGAAACAGCAUUCAGAGCUACUGACCAGGGAUACGACAAUGACAAACAGUUCAAGAAGGGCCUGCUUGGUGAACUCAUACUGUUACAACAACAAAUCCAGCAGCACGAAGAGGAAGCGCGCAGAGCCGGUGGCCAAUAUAACAUGGGCUCUUCCCAGCAGAAGCGAAAGAUUUCUGACAAAGAGAAGAUUGAUCAACUUCAAGAAGAACUUUUACGUACUCAGCUCAAAUAUCAAAGAAUGCUCGAGCGAUUAGAGAAGGAGAACAAAGAACUAAGAAAAUUGGUACUGCAAAGAGAUGACAAGGGAAUUCAUCAGAGGAAGUUAAAGAAAUCCUUGAUUGAUAUGUAUUCUGAGGUACUCGACAUCCUGUCUGAUUACGAUGCCAGUUACAACACUCAAGAUCACCUGCCUCGAGUGGUGGUGGUUGGAGAUCAAAGUGCAGGAAAAACCAGUGUGUUAGAAAUGAUCGCCCAAGCCCGCAUAUUUCCUCGAGGGUCUGGGGAGAUGAUGACACGUUCCCCUGUUAAGGUAACCCUUAGUGAAGGUCCCCACCAUGUGGCUUUAUUCAAAGACAGCUCUCGGGAAUUUGAUCUGACCAAGGAAGAGGAUCUUGCAGCUUUGAGAAAUGAAAUAGAAAUCAGAAUGAGAAACAGUGUGAAGGAAGGAUGCACUGUUAGCACUGAGACCAUCUCCUUAAGUGUGAAAGGUCCUGGUUUGCAGAGAAUGGUAUUGGUUGAUUUACCUGGAGUCAUUAGUACUGUGACAUCAGGUAUGGCUCCAGAUACUAAGGAAACUAUCUUUAGCAUCAGCAAGGCUUACAUGCAGAAUCCUAAUGCCAUCAUCCUUUGUAUUCAAGAUGGAUCAGUGGAUGCAGAACGCAGUAUUGUCACAGACUUAGUCAGCCAAAUGGAUCCUCAAGGAAAAAGGACAAUUUUUGUGUUGACCAAAGUUGAUCUUGCUGAGAAAAAUGUGGCUAGUCCCAGCAGGAUCCAGCAAAUAAUUGAAGGCAAACUCUUCCCAAUGAAAGCUUUGGGUUAUUUUGCAGUUGUUACUGGAAAAGGAAACAGCAGUGAAAGCAUUGAAUCUAUUAAAGAGUAUGAAGAGGAAUUUUUUCAAAAUUCAAAGCUGUUGAAGACAUGUAUGCUUAAAGCACACCAGGUAACAACAAAGAACUUAAGUCUUGCUGUGUCAGACUGCUUUUGGAAAAUGGUGAGAGAGUCUGUGGAGCAGCAAGCAGAUGCUUUUAAAGCCACACGUUUCAAUCUAGAGACUGAAUGGAAGAACAAUUAUCCCCGGUUGCGAGAGCUUGACAGGAAUGAACUGUUUGAAAAAGCAAAGAAUGAGAUUCUUGAUGAAGUCAUAAGCUUGACUCAGGUCACACCAAAGCACUGGGAGGAGAUUCUUCAGAAAACUUUAUGGGAAAGGGUAUCUACUCAUGUGAUUGAGAAUAUAUACCUUCCAGCAGCACAGACUAUGAACUCGGGGACAUUUAACACCACUGUGGACAUCAAACUGAAGCAGUGGACUGACAAGCAGCUACCUAAUAAAGCGGUAGAGGUGGCAUGGGAGACUUUGCAAGAAGAAUUUUCCCGUUUCAUGACUGAGCCAAAAGGAAAAGAGCAUGAUGAUAUCUUUGAUAAACUGAAACAAGCUGUCAAAGAAGAAAGUAUUAAGCGACAUAAAUGGAAUGAGAGAGCGGAGGAUAGCCUGCGAGUGAUCCAGCAUAAUGCCUUAGAAGAUCGGUCAAUAUCUGAUAAACAGCAGUGGGAUGCAGCUAUUCAUUUUAUGGAAGAGACACUCCAAAGUCGUCUCAAAGACACUGAAUCUGUUAUUGAAGAUAUGGUGGGUCCAGACUGGAAAAAAAGAUGGUUAUACUGGAUAGGCCGCACCAAAGAACAGAAUAUUCGUAAUGAAACAAAAAAUGAACUUGAGAAAUUAAUCAAAUGUAGUGAAGAACAUGCAGCUUAUCUGGCAAAUGAUGAAGUGACAACUGUCAGAAAGAAUCUUGAAGCAAGAGGAGUAACAGUGGAUCCGUGUCUGAUUAAAGACACAUGGCACCAAAUUUAUAGAAGAUAUUUUCUGAAGACUGCUUUGAACCACUGCAAUCUAUGUCGAAGAGGCUUUUAUUAUUACCAGAGGCAUUUUGUGGACUCGGAGCUUGAAUGUAAUGAUAUUGUCCUCUUCUGGCGAAUACAGCGAAUGCUGGCAAUUACAGCAAAUACGCUGAGGCAGCAGCUUACUAACACUGAAGUAAGGCGCUUAGAGAAGAAUGUAAAAGAAGUGCUUGAAGAUUUUGCUGAGGAUAAUGAAAAAAAGGUGAAGCUCCUAACUGGCAAGAGGGUCCAGCUUGCAGAGGAUCUCACUCCCAGUGAAAGGAUUCGCGGAACUACUGAAUUGUUUCCAGAAUUCCACUCUGCUGGACUUUCUUGUUCUAUAUAAAGGGCAAACUUCCUUAAUAGCGUGGAUUUAAUAGUUGCCAUACAACUUUGCAACACAAGAUGGCAAUGAACGGCCUUUAUAGGAAGAGGAGGGAGGAUGAGUAUGCAGCAGAGCUGGUGCCAAGCCUCCUGUCUCUGGUUAUUUUCUGUUGCAUUUUGAAGCACGACCACGGCUUAGGCAGUUGGCAUUGGUUUCUUGGAUGUUAGGUUUUUUUGUCUGAGAGGAAGAUGCACUUGCCUAGCCUUGUCACUCUUGUUUUCCACUUUUGGGGGUGUCUGUAUGGCACACAGUUCAUGAAGAUAGCAAGGUAUGGUCAUUUUUUUUGUUACACAUUUCUCAGUAGCAAGUACAGGAAAAGUAGUAGUUUACUAAGCUUUAUUACCAAAAAACUGUUACGAACUGAAUGCUUUAAUCAUUUCUUCCAGUGUCUUAUCCUAAACCUAGGCUACAUAUAUUCUAGGCUACAUAUAUUCAUAUUGCAAUAGCAUUUAAAACAUGGUAGGUGGUGCACGUGUACAUUGAAUAGCUAAGAGGAAUCAGCAGUCAACAGUUUUGCCAUUGACUUCACUAGAGAUGAAAUUUCACAGACCCCAAAGAAAUACACAUGCUAUAUCUUCAGUUAUUUCUUCUCAUUUCUUCCUUUUAAACAGCUAAACUAUGAAUUUUGCAAAGUUAUCUUUUAUGUGCACAUGAUAAACCC